AACGGCCACAAAACGCAUCGUCUUUUCUCCGCGCCCGCGCGUAGGUGGCUCCAGCCAUUUCCCGCGGCGCCACCACAUCUUCUCCCUCCACCGGCGACCUCCGCCGUAUUAUAAUAUCCCCCUCUCGCGUCGCGUCCUCGGUUUUUUUUCUCUGCGCACACCAAACCACCAAACGCCACCCCAAUCUCCAUCCCUCCUCGCCCGUCGGCUGCUCGCUCCCCUCCAACCUCACGGGCUCGGCUCCGCUUCGCUUCGGAUUCGGCCUCUUCCACUCCGCCGGCGGGCGCAGCAGGUUUGUUGGGCCUUGCAGAAACUGAAGCUCGGCUCAGAACUUCGUCAUUCUCCCUUCAUACUUGAAAGUGGCGAGAAAUGGAUCGUGAUGAUAUAGCCGGCUUUGUUAGUGGAGGGCCUCCCGAAACCUUGGGUCUGGUGGUGAUAUUAAUUCCUUAAACAAUCAUUGUUACUGGAGCGGAGUUCAGCAAUCUGUUGAAUACAAAGAUACUUCCAUUGGCACGCUACUGUAGUCCAGCAUUUCUAGUGUCAAUCCAAGAGCACUGAAAAGGAAGUGGGUUGAUAUGACUGAAGUUGAAGGUCAUAACAAUCCGCUGCUCACCCUUGGUUUGGGCCGUUCACCAAGUUCGUCUGGAAACAGCAAGGUUAGCUCCUCUACGGCUUACACAAUGUCUCCAUCUUCAGUAAAAGAGACUGAUGAGGAGUCAUCAAUGGAUCUUGGCCUGAAUUUUGAUCUUUGUCUUGGUCAUGAUACGGUACAUCAUCACAAGAAAUCACAUAUUGUUGCUAGGCAUGUGCCAUCUUCAAGUGCUCCAAACUUGGAUCUUCAGUUGACUUUAUCCACUGGUUCACCUGAAUCAGCUGUGACCAAUGCAAGUACUGCAUUACUGAAUGUUUGUGAUGGCUUAGAGAUAGUGGUGCCUCAUUCGGUGACAGAUAUUGUAGGAAAAGGAUCAGAGCCAUCUAAUUGGGUUUUCGGGUAUUCUAUGGCUUCAUCGCCAUAUGCUUCUGAAGCAACCUACAGUUUUUCUUUGCCAAAAAUAGCUCAAAAAGAUGAUGAUGCUCUGGCUUCUCUAGAUGUCUCAUCAACCAUUACAGCAAGUGUGAAAAGCCCAGCUGCCUGUACUUCUGAGGUAACUAACCCCCAGAAACGCAACACUAUUACUAAAUGUUGUCAGUUCCCAGGAUGUGAAAAGGGAGCAAGAGGAGCCUCUGGGCGUUGUAUAGCCCAUGGUGGUGGUAGGCGAUGCCAAAAACCUGGUUGUCAGAAGGGAGCUGAGGGCAGGACCAUCUAUUGCAAAGCUCAUGGUGGAGGUAGGAGAUGCCAGUUUCUUGGUUGCACGAAGAGCGCUGAAGGUCGCACUGACCACUGCAUAGCUCAUGGUGGUGGUCGCCGCUGUAGUCAGGAAGGCUGUUCGCGUGCCGCGCGUGGAAAGUCUGGCUUGUGCAUCAAGCAUGGAGGCGGCAAGAGGUGCCAGAGGGAGAACUGCAAAAGAAGUGCAGAAGGAUAUUCUGGCCUUUGCAUCUCGCAUGGUGGUGGAAGGCGCUGUCAGUUUCCAGAUUGUACAAAGGGUGCCCAGGGAAGCACGAAAUUCUGCAAGGCACAUGGUGGAGGAAAGCGCUGCACAUUCUCGGGUUGUACCAAAGGAGCCGAAGGGAGCACUUAUUUCUGCAAGGGGCACGGUGGAGGUAAGCGCUGCUCCUAUCAGGGUGGUGGUGUAUGCCCAAGGAGUGUCCAUGGUGGGACUCAGUAUUGUGUUGCUCACGGUGGUGGGAAGAGGUGCUCAGUUUCAGGCUGUACCAAGAGUGCUAGAGGGAGGACGGAAUACUGUGUCCGCCAUGGUGGUGGCAAGAGAUGCAAGUUUGAGGGUUGUGCGAAAAGUGCGCAGGGGAGCACUGAUUUCUGCAAGGCACAUGGAGGAGGCAAACGCUGCUCAUGGGGCCAGGUGGGCUCGAGCUUUGAUGUUGGUGGGUCGCCAUGUGAUAAGUUUGCUCGCAGCAAGACUGGUCUGUGUGCAGCUCACAGUGCUUUAAUUGAGGACCAUUGUGUCCAUGGUGGUGGCUCAUUGGGUCCUGCAAUCAAACAGUUUACAACUGACGCCAAACCUGAUGAGAUGAAAGUCACUGCAACGAAGGGCGAUGGGGAUAUGAUGAACGACGGCAAUGAAGCUUUCCUGGGAUGGAGCGACCCUGGCCUGAACAAUUCUGUUCAUCCUUCUGUUCUGGCGCAGUCUAGCACAGCUCCGUUUCUGGAGGGCAGGGUCCAUGGCAGUGGGCUGUUAGCUUUACUCUCCGGAAGAACUCAUGUUAUUGCCAGUAGCUCUGAGAAUGGUGCCUCAACUUCUUUUGCCAUGCGCACUUGGAUGUGAGGGUGGCAAUUUUCGUCGAGGAUCACUUUGCUUUUGUUCUGUUUCCUGGGUUUCAUUUGGUGUCGAGGUGAGGGCAAUGAUGUCUCGCGUUCGCCGGAAUUGAUCUCGCGAUGCGUGAAUUUCCAUAAACGCCAGUCCCAUGUACCAUAAAUAAUGGGUAGACGACUUGUGUUGGCAUUGCCUGGCAUGUCUUACCGUGUUUGCCACAAUUGUUUCGCGUCCACAUUAUGUAUUGUCCAAGACUGCUGUUAGCAGGAUCUUGCUUUUUUUCUUUGUGAAGUGAUUUGUCAUAUUUCCUGUCAGAGACUUUGUAAAGUAUGGUGUCUGAACUUUGAAGCAGAAAAACGAGUUACUGUCA